UUUCUACCCAGCAGUUUUAACCCCAGUUAUUUUACUCCGUUUCUUGGUCCACGAUCUAAAGAUUGAAUCGUCCCAGGAAACUCCACAUGGUCCUUUCGAUGCCCGGAUGUUUAAAACUGCUGCUCUAGACGUAGAAGAUUAACACUAGAUCGUCAAGUUGGAGAUAGUUUUCUCAUGUCUCAAGUUAAUUUAAAAAAAAGAAGAGUAUUCUAACCUCUACAAUUCCUGCAUGUUUUAAAAAUUAAAAAAUAUUGUUGAGUUUCUGUUCUUCAGGUUUUUCUACAGUAUUUCUAACUUACAAUGGGUGAAAUUGAGGACGAGAAUUUUCCUCGUGGAGGAACUAGACCACGUUUUUCCGGAAAGCGUCAAAAAGAAGAUGAUAAUCUAUUUUCACACACCAAACAAGCCAAAAAUAAAAAACAAAGAAAGGAAAGGGUUAUACCCGAAACUAUAAGCGACGAAACUUUUCAUUCAUCCCUAAAUAUACAAGGAACUUUAACUUAUAACAGCUUGAAAACAGACAUGAUUAUAUUGGGCUGCAUUAGACACAUUACAAAUUUUUCUUUAGAAGUUGAAUUGCCAGGACUAACUUUUGCUUAUGUGAAUAUUACAAAUAUAUCGGAUCCUUUUACAAAGCACUUGAAUUCGAAAUUGGAAGAAUCAGAUGAAGACAGUGAUAUAUUGUUGAAGCAAAUGUUCAAAAUAGGCCAAUUCAUUCUAACAAAAGUGAUAAAUAUAGAAAGUAAAGAAAAGGGCAUUCAUGUAGAAUGUACAAUAAAUCCUAGAGAUAUUUAUAAUGACAAAUCCCACAAUUCUUUUGAGAAAGGGAUGCUGAUAUGGUGUUCUGUACAAGCUGAAUUAGAACAUGGGUAUGAAAUAAAUGUUGGAGUAAAAAAUUGCAGGGUAUUUUUACCUUCUAAGAAUGUUGAUGGAGAUAGAAAAUUAUUUGUAGGUGAACUUCUGUGGGGCACUAUUCACAAAUGUGACAGUUCGAAUGUAGCUAGUACUCUAAGAAUUAGUUCUAAGAGUGAACAUUUAAAAAAUACCAAAAUAGAAGAAAUGAAUAAUUUGUAUGAUUUAAUUCCUGGUAUGCAAAUUGAAGUUAUGGUAGAUAAGAUCACCAAUACUGGUAUACAAUGUAAAUUCCUUAAUGAUUUGUUUGGAUACAUUGAUGAAGGGCAUUUAUUAAAGGAUUUAAGUAAAUACCAGGAGGGCAAUUUGCUAACAGCUUAUAUUUUAUACAUUGAUCAUGCUGUGAAAGUCACAUAUUUUACUACUUUUGAAUUGGAUUUAGCUCAAUUACCAGAAUACAAAAUUGGAACUACAGUCACAGCAGAGGUAAUUUCCAAAGCACGCAACGGUAUAUAUUUAAAACUACCCUCAAAAGCACGUUGCAUAGUAACCAACAGAAGACUCAUCAACUCUUUGCCAAAAAAAUUCGCCAAUAUGGAUAUCUCCGAAACUAUCCGUCUAAAAUUCGCCCCGAAAACUCGUCAUAAUUGCCGAAUUUUAGACUAUAAUCAUAUGUCCAGAACGUACAUUGGAACUGUGGAACCGUCAUUGAUUAAAGAAACUAUUUUCACAGCUGAAGAUGUUGUUCUAGGACAGCUGUUACAUGUGGUCAUUGACAAAGUUAAGGCAGAAGGUUUGGUAGUAUCGGCGGGGCAUAUAAAAGGAUUUAUACCGAAUUUGUAUCUAUCGAAUAUCAAAUAUAGUGAUGCUAUUAAGAAGAAAUUUAAGGAGGAUCAGAAGGUUAAAGCUAGGGUACUGAGUGUUCAAGACGGAAAUGUUCUUUUAACCUUAAAAUCGAGCCAGGUAGACUCGGAAGAAUGUCUAACUAAAUUAGAACAGGCCAAGAGAGGAGAUCGUUUCCCGGGAGUGAUUAUUUCAACCAAACCUACAGGAGCGUUUGUUGUUUUUUAUGGUAAUGUCAAUGGAUGGAUCAGCAAAAAAUAUUUGGAUGAACAGGACGACGAUCAGAAGCCAGAUCCUCAACAGUUUUUCUUCAGAGGACAAGUUGUGAAUCCGUGGGUAUUGGGCGUCAAAAAUGAUAAAGUCAUACUGUCUCUACGUCAGCCUAAAGAUUACGAAACGUUCGGAGCUCUAGCGGUAGGCCAAAAAAUUAACGGAGUAGUUAGCGACAUAAAGAAAGAUAAAAUAUUUGUUAAAACGUUAAGAGGAAAACCUGUAGGAAUUGUACCUGUAAAUCAUCUUAGUAGCAAUUUAUCUUUGUGUCCAAUCGUUUUAAAGACUUUCAAGAUUGGAGAUAAAUUAGAUGAUCUUGUAUGUAUAAACAAUUCUAGUAAACCAAGAUUGUUGUCGAUUAGAGAAUCUUUGGCGCUAAAAAGGUGUCCCAAAUUGAAAUUACUGAAAUUUAAGAAACUCAGGCCCGGAAUAUUAGUAAGGUGUUCCUAUUUAUCAGCUUGUGAAUUAGGAAUAUACGUUUUGCCCCUAAUUCGAGAUUAUACCGACAAAAUAUUGAUCAGAAAAAAGGAUAUUACCAAAAAAGGCAAAGCACUACCAACAUUUGAACCACUUCAAAGUAUAGUAACUAAAAUCGUAAAAAUUGAUCAUGAAACGAAGAAAAUCCGAUUGACAGCACAAUUGACUGAAGUUUUCGACAACAGCGUAGAGAGCGUUUUAAAAUUGUUCAGCGAAUAUUUGACGGAUGUUCAACGCGUUAAAGAAUUUGGUGAACAAAAUAAUUGGGAUAUUUGUAAAUAUAAUCCAGGCGAUAGAUUAAUUUGUCGCGUUGAAAAAUUGGGCGACCAGGGUGGGUGCCUUGUUAAAUUGCCCAAUGGAGCCAAUGGUUUAGUUGCUCCACGACUCUGCCCAGGAAAUCUAAAAGAAGGUCAAAAUAUUACGGGUGUAUUUCUAUCGCAAAAUUUUACCAAAAAUUAUACGGAAAUAUGUCUCAAAUCUGAUAUUUCCCAAAAAAUUAAUCAAUAUCAAGAUGGACUGAUUAGUUGUCCAAAUUUAUCAUCUUGCAUAGUAGAAAAUAUCCUUCUUAAAACUGAUUUGGUUAUUGCGCUUUUAAAACAAAAAGACGGGAAUAGACAGUUGGUCUAUAUCCCUCUAUUUCUACACGAAAAUGAUUUUGAAGGUUGCUCGCGAUAUUAUCAACAAGAAAAGUUUAAAAUUUCUAUAUGCGGAAAAGUCGAUAAACGUUUAGUUGGCAUGAGCAAAAAGUUAUUUGUAACUCUGGAUAAAACUAAAGAGAAAAUUAGUACAAUUAAAGCUAUUAGAACUGAAAAGAAAAUUAAAGAAUCAGAAAAACGCACAUCACGUAACAAAGAAGAAAUUAAAAUGGAGGUUGAAGAGGCAGCUCAAGAUUCAGAAGAUGAAGAGAUGUCAGAAGAAAUUAAAAUCGAGAUGAAAGAAGAGGCAGAAGAUUUGGACGACGAAGAGAAGCCAGAAAUAUCACAUGAAGAAGUGGAUGAGGAUUCUGAAGAUGAUGAGGUGAAGCCAGAAAUAUCAGAUGAAGAAAUGGAUGAGAAUUCUGAAGAUAACGAAAGUUGCGAAGAUGAUGAAGAGGAGGAACCGUCCGAGAAUAAUGAAACUUCUGAAGAUGAAGAAAUUGAAGAAGUUCAAGUUAAAAAACAAAUUAAUGGUGUUUCAUCAAAUAAUUAUGCAAAGGGGCCUGUCCUAUCGGGUGUUAGUUCCUUUUUUAACACGAAAACUAAUGGCGAACCUGAGGUGUCUUCUGACGAAGAAGUGGAAGAAACAACGGUUAAAAAGAAAAAGAAGUUGUCAGCGGCUGAACGGGCUCAACAAGCAAAAGAAGAGGAAGCGAGAAUUUCUAAAAUCGAGAACGAAUUGGCCGAUUCGACGAGAACGCCAGAAAGUGCUGAACAGUUUGAUAGAUUGUUACUAGCCAAUCCUAAUUCAUCGGAGCUUUGGACUAAAUAUAUUGCUUUUCACACUGCUGCCACCGAAUUCGAUAAGGCGCGAGUCGUCGCUAGAAGAGCAUUAGAAGCCAUAAAUAUGACCUUACUUGAUGAACGAUUCAAUAUUUGGAUAGCUCUACUUAAUUUAGAAAACAUGUUAGGUACCAAGGAAUCGUUCGACAAAACUUUUGAAGAAGCUGUUAAAUACAAUGAUUCGCUACAAAUAUAUCUUAAAGUCAUCAAAAUGUUAGCCGAAACCGGGAAGUUAGCGGACAUGGAGGAGAAAAUUAAAAAAGUCCGAAACAAACAUAAACAAGUACCCGAAAUGUGGUUAGAAAUCGCCAAAACUUAUUAUCAAUUGAAUAAAUUCAAAGAAGCCAGAAAUAUGAAAGAUUCCGCUCUGAAAUCCAUAGAUAAUAGAAAAACGCAAUUAGAAAUAAUCGUGAAAUUCGCUAUAAUGGAGUUCAAGUUCGGCGAUGCCAACCACGGGGCCGCCAUUUUUGAAACCAUCCUCAGUUCGGAUCCUAGGAAAGUUACUAUUUGGACGACGUACGUCGAUCAACUCGUUAAAAAGGAUAAUAUCGAUCAAGCAAGGCAAGUAUUGGAAAGAUCAGUUUGUCAAAGAUUGCCUCUUAAAAAUAUGAAAACGUUAUUUAUGAAGUUUAGAAUGUUUGAGGAACAGCACGGGACACCGGAGACGGUUGAAGCUGUUAAAGAAAAAGCGAAGGAAUACGUUGCCAAAGUUUCUUCAAACUGAUUGUUAAUUUCGAUUUGUUUUUUAAUUUUUACUUUUCACUUAAAUAUAUAAUUAAAUUAGGUACAUUUUUACUA